AUGGUGGGGUACUUUGCUGAUUGGCAACACGGCAAGGAUAGUGUUGGUUCGACCUUGCUUUCUCGGCUUGGUCCGAGCGUCAGGCAAACCUUGUGGAACGUAGCUAGUCCUGUCGCCUCUGCUAUAGUAUUGUUGAUUUCCAGCUUCGGACCAUUUACUGGUACAUUCCCAAACGGUUCCUUGGCAUCGUCAGUGAGAGGCGCCAUAGUAAGCACAGACUUACAACUUAUCAAAGUGACAAGUGAAGGUAAUCCCUUUGAGCAAUUUUCUCUUUUACACGGUCUCAUUGACGCUACGACCAAGUUGCGAGAACAGGGUCGAACCAACACUACAAAGGUAAAGAAGAAUGCGAUCAAACAGAAGGCCACACCAUCUUGGUCUACGUAUCUACGGUAA